AGUCUGUAUCGCUAGAGAGUCGGCUUUGCUUUUUGAGAUUGGAGAUCUUUGCUGCUUCGUUUUCUUGGUAGUUGAGCAGUUGCUUACCUACUAUUUUUCCAAUAAAAGGAACACCCUGCUCUUUAUGUGGUGUGCUUUUGUUUUGUUGGUUGAAUGUUUGUUGUCUUGUCAUCCUGGAGCACAAUGGCUGCUCCGUUUCGUAGAUGUGUUGCCCAGGGUAACCAGAGUGAAUCCUGCUGUGCUUCUAUUGUUGCAAUUGUAUUCGUUGACCACCGACAACAUCAACAACAACACACAAACAAACAAACAAAACAAAUAAAUCCAAAAAGCCUAAAUCAAAACAUGACACUCAAACAGUCACCCUUGACCCUUCUGCCAAACAUUAUUUUCCAGUUCUAACAGCUCUGCCACUCGAAGGGAAGCCAGGGUUGGGGAAAUACUUGCCCUUUUAUGAUCAGUAGUCUCUUUCUGUCCAGCCUACAUACAGCCAUUUAGGAGUGGUUGAGGUCAAUUGCUCGGUAAGCUCAAGAGAAUAGUACCCACAUACAGGUUGUCCAACUUAACCAUGGCUAGGAAUACAGAUUCAUCCCCAUGCCAUUGGUCCCCUGCAAUCAUUCACACAGGUUCUUACUGAAUACAGACAAUAUGAGCAAGGAGUGUGAAACAACUCAAAAUAAUCAAUAAUUGAACAUAAUAAAAUAUAAAUAAUCGAAAUUUGGUCGGCUUAGGUAUGUUGAUAUUAAGCCAGGGAUUCAUCUAACUAAUUCAGUAUCUCCACACACUUUAAUUACUUUAAAUGCUAACGGGCAUAAUAAGCCUGAGUUUGUGAAUUUAAAGUAAUAUAAUCACCAGUUUUGUUCUCAGGCGGAGCUGCUCUGUCUUGAUUAUAGAUUGAUUAUGUUAAUGUGGAGGUUUGUGUUGUAAUUACAAAGCAUCAUCUUCAUGGAAAGAUAACAGAGUUUAGUCAACCUGAAAAUAAUCUUCUCCUGCACAGUAUUCAAUAAACGGCACUAGUAUUGUUUUCUUAGAUAUGAUGGCCCUUUAUUAAUCCCAAUGUCCAAGGAACAAAACCUGGAUAUGCACACUGUUGAAUGCGUUCUAAUGUAUGGCAAAUAUAUAUAUUAAAACACAAACUGAGAUUACAUUACUUCUUUACUUUGUGAUUUUGAGAUUUAUUUUUAGCCAAGGUGCAUCGGAAUGUGUUUUGUUCAAUCCAAGCAAAAAGAGCCCAUGGAUAAAGAAAAAUAUAGAGGGAAAAUGAAGAUCCAGCCAAAGCUUGAGGAGGAAAUUAUCAACCUUCAAGUCUCUGCUUUCCGAUUCAACUGGGAGUGUGCUUCAAUUUUACUUCAAUUGCAAUGUUGACUUUCACACUUAUAUCAGAUAUAAAUGAAUUUAAUGAACGUUAAACAUAUGCAUAUUAGAUUACUAUUUGCAAUACUUGCAAUUUCGGUUUAUAUGAGUACAAUUGUAGUGUAGGCCUAAGGAUUAGGCAAACACAAGGUGAUAUGUGUGAACCCCUUCUAACCCUCACUUUCUGUUUGCAUAUAAUAAUUGUCCUGUUAAGGCUCAGACAAGCUUACUUGGUGUAAUAAGCUCUUCAGCUUACUGGGUAGAGCAAUUGCUGGUCAAUCACUCGAUAUCAAUGAUGGUGAAUGUAAGUCAUACCACAAAACAAUCAAACUGCAAUGGAACCCGACUGAUGUGUUUGCAGGCUCAAUUUGCAAUGUUUUGAAUUCAAUGUCAUUAAAGCAUCCCUUUAAAUCACCCCCUUGUCUACCAAUUCUGCUGUAGUAUUUGCUGUAUCAUGUAAUGUAGCCCCCAGCAACCUUUUCACUUCAUGGUUCUCUAAUCCAGUUUAGGUUUUAACAUAUUUUAUUCCUUCACACUAUCCCAAAGCCUCUACAGUUUAGAGGGUUGGAUUUGUGCAUGUUGCGGUGUGUUUUCUGACUUCAAUGGCCCUCUCCGCUUGCCUGUGUGCACAGAAGAUGCAUUCAACUGCACACUGUGUGAUCAGUUCAAGUAAGGUUAAGGGGGAGUGAAGUAUACAACUCAGAAAGUGCAGAGUUGAGUAAUGGUGCAUUGUGGGCUAAAAAGCAACAAAAAAAGGGCAAACCAUGACCCAUUUCCACAAAGAGCACAGCUGCAUUAAGUCAAUAACGCUGCAUUCAAGAGAUUAAAUCAAUCUAAAUUGACCCAAAUAAACAUCCACAACCAUCAAUGCGUCUUGGUUUAAAGAAUUACCCGUUUCAACCACAUUCUCUGGCUACCAUAAAAGCUUAUCCGUUCUGCCUGUGUAAGGUCGAUGAUGCGGGUGCUGAAGGCAUAGCACAUCACUGUGAUAUAAAGGCGAGUUAUCAACGUCCAUUCUUGGGCAGUCCUUGCCUGUCGAGCCGAGUGCAUACGUGAGCGCUCCUAGUUAACUACAGUGGGGGGGCGGAAGGAGGGGGUCCACAGUCAGCAUUUGUCUGCGGUCACUGCCUGCGUAACGCCUUAUCAACUGUCACCUCCAGUCUCAGCCGCCCCCGCUGACACAGAAGGUUAAACCAGGACACAUGCAUACUUUGUGAUUUUAUGAAUGGCUCCUCCACUCUCGUCGAGUUUUCUUCUGGAGACACUGGGGGGACUCAUCGCCUUCCUCCUCCUCAUCCUCCUCUUCACCCUGGUGCUCUACACCCGCCACCGCUGGUGCAAGCGCCGCCGCGUGCCCCAGAAGAGCGCCAGCACCGAGGCCACGCACGAGAUCCACUACAUCCCCUCGGUGCUGCUGGGGCCCCAGGGCCGCGACAGCUACCGCGGGGGCUCCUCGGCCCGGGGCCAGCACCAGCACGGCAACUCGGUCAUCGGCGUGCCCAUCCGCGAGACGCCCAUCCUGGACGACUACGACUGCGACGAGGACGACCUGGUGGGGCUCUCGCACAACUCCACCCCCAACCAGCUGCACCACCAGCACCUGAACCUGUGCGACGGCAAGGCGGGGGGGCUUCAGGAGGACUACCGCGAGGCGCACGGCCAGGAGGUGCACUUUAACGGAGUGCACUCGGACACCAUGCGCAAGGAGGACGGCCUCAACAUGAGCUUCGCCGACAAAAGAGUGGUGGACCCGAAGCACGACUCAGUCGAGGACCUGAUGCAGAGGUUCAAGGAGAGUUUCCGCACCCCCAACACCACCAUGGACAUGACCCACUUCCAGCAAACCACACACAGCUCCUCCACGGGCAGAAAGAGGGGCCCCAGCCACACCAGAGUGACGGGGCCGGUGUUCGGACACCAGGUGGACUCGUGUUCGGAGCCCGAGGACGACAACCAGAUGAAGUUCUACACGGAGCAGCACCGGGGUCAGAGACGCAUCAAAGGUCACCCACCCAGUCCUCUGAACAAGGUCAACCUGACGUUGAUCACCAUAAUCACCUGCGUGGUCGCAGCCGUCUUCGCCACGCAGAACCCGUGCACGCUGUCCGUCAAGGUCACCCUGCACGUGCCUGAGCACUUUGUAGCAGACGGAAGUAGUUUUGUGGUGAGCAUGGGCAGCUUCCUGGAUGUUUCAAAUUGGCUGAACCCUGCCCAGCUGACCCUCUACUACCAGACUAACUCGUCCACCCAGUGGGUGAGAGACUACUGCGGCCAGCGCACGACGGAGCCCUGUGAGCAGCUGUGUGACCAGGAGACAGGAGAGUGUAGCUGUCACGAAGGCUAUUCCCCUGAUCCAGACCAUAAUCAUCUCUGUCUCCGUAGUGACUGGGGGCGCAACGAAGGGCCGUGGCCGUACACUAACCUGGAGAAAGGCUAUGACCUAGUUACAGGAGAACAGGCCCCAGAGAAGAUAUUCAGGUCCUCCUACAGCCUGGGCCAGGGACUCUGGCUGCCUGUCAGUAAGAGCUUCGUGGUACCGCCGGUGGAGCUGUCAAUCAACCCAAUAGCCAGCUGCAAGACGGACGUGCUCGUUACAGAGGACCCGGGAGAUGUCCGGGACGAGGCUUUGCUGUCCACCUACUUCGAGACGGUGGACGACCUGCUCGAGUCGUUUGGCCCCGUGCGUGACUGCUCCAAGGACAACGGCGGCUGCAAGAAGAACUUCAAGUGUGUGUCCGACCGCAGGCUGGAGUCGUCCGGCUGCAUGUGUCCCGAGGGGUUGAGGCCGAUGAAGGAUGGCUCGGGUUGCUAUGACUACUCGCGGGGCACCGACUGCACCGACGGCUUCAACGGGGGCUGUGAACAGCUGUGUCUCCAGCAGCUGGUGCCACUGGCGGAGGACCCCAGCUCCAGCAACGUGCUCAUGUUCUGCGGGUGUGUGCAGGAGUACAAGCUGGCGACAGACGGCCGCUCCUGCCUCCUGCAGUCUGACAACUGUGAGGGCUCCAAGUGUGUGAGACAGGACGUCCGCUUCAACGACACGCUGUUUGGCGAGAUGCUGCACGGCUACAACAACAAGAGCCAGGAAGUCAACUUGGGCCAGAUAUUCCAAAUGACCUUCAGGGACAACAACUUCAUCAAAGACUUCCCCCAGCUCGCCGACGGCCUCAUGGUCAUUCCUCUACCAGUGGAGGAGCAGUGUAGGGGCGUCCUGUCCGAGCCUCUGCCCAACUUACAGCUGCUCACAGGCGACGCCCAGUUCAACGAAGCCAUGGGCUAUCCCAUGAUGCAGCAGUGGCGGGUUCGCAGCAACCUCUACAGAGUCAAGCUCAGCUCGAUCACCUUGUCUGCAGGCUUCUCCAAGGUGCUGAAGACCCUGUCGGCAGAGAGCUCGCGGGAGGAGCUGCUGGCCUUCCUGCAGCAGUACGGCAGCCACUACGUCUCCGAGGCGCUGUACGGCUCCGAGCUCAGCUGCAACAUCUACUUCCCCAGCAAGAAGGCCCAGCAGCAGCUCUGGCUGCAGUACCAGAAAGAAGCCACAGACCAGGGGGUGAGUGUGGGCGGCGGCGCUGGCGGCGGCGGCGGCGGCGUUGGAGCAGGAGGCGGGCGGAGGGAGUUCAAGGCGGUGCCCUUCAUCGGCUACCUGUCGGCCCUGCUGAAGACCCAGCUGCUGUCCGAGGACCUGGUGAACGGCGUGGAGAUCCGCUGCGGCGAGAAGGGCAGCUGUCCGACCGCCUGCCACCUCUGCCACGCCCAGACCGUGAUCGGCCUGGGUGGGGGGCCGGGAGGAGGAGCGGGAGGAAGAGGCGGUGGUGCCGGUGACGGAGGAGGAAAGGCCAGGGGGGGGCCUGGAGAGCGGCCAUCGCCCAUUCCCGUGCUCCUGGAGGUCAGCCGUGUGGUGCCGCUCUACAGCCUGGUACAGGACAACAUCACCAAGGAGGCCUUCAAGAGAGCCACAAUGAGCUCGUACUGGUGCGCCGGGAAAGGUGACGUCAUCGACAACUGGUGCCGCUGCGACCUCAGCGCCUUCAGCAAGACCGGUCUGCCCAACUGCAGCCCCCUCCGGAAGCCUGUGCUCCGCCUCUCUCCUCACCUGGAGCCCUCCAGCUCCAUGGUGGCCUUAGAGUGGGUGGACGUGGAGCCCCUGAUUGGCUGCAAGGUUUCCGAUUACGUCAUCCAGCACAAGAGAGUAGACGACCCGUCCGAAGCCGAGGUCUACACAGGGGAGACUCUGAGCCUGGUGGAUGACAUCUUCUCCGGCCUGGGCUCCUCCUGUGUGGUGGCGGGCAAGAGGAACCGAGACCACGCCCACUCUGCCAUGUACUCUGUGGUCUUCAAGUGCCUGGAACCUGACAGCCUCUACAAGUUCACCCUGUAUGCUGUGGACAGCCGAGGAGGUCACUCUGAGUACAGCUACGUGUCUGUGAGGACGUCUUGUCCCAUGGUGGAUGAUAGCAGGGCCGAAGAGAUAGCCGACAAGGUGUACAACCUGUACAACGGCUACACCAGCGGCAAGGAGCAGCAGACGGCGUACAACACGCUGAUGGAGCUCCCCCCGCCGCUGCUGUACCGCGUGCAGCACCACUACAACGCCCACUACGAGAAGUUCGGCGACUUUGUGUGGCGCAGCGAGGACGAACUCGGCCCCAGGAAGGCCCACCUGAUCCUGCGGCGGGUGGACAAGAUGAGCCACUACUGCCGGGCGCUGCUGCACAGCGCCUUCAUCCAGAGCCGCACCGACACCAUGGCCUACGUGUCGUGCCAGAGCGAGGACCUCUCGCGGGCGCUCCACAGCGCGGGCGGCGGCGGCGCCCUGCACGGCUCCCUCCACGACACGCGCACCGCCUGCAUCGAGAAGCUCAUCUCGGUGCAGCGCAACACAUACGGCAGCACCAACCUGCGGUGAGGAAACUGAUCGCUGGAGAGACUGUGGACAGAGACGGAGAGAGAGAGAUAGGGAGACACAGGGAGAAAGAGAGAGAGAGAUAGGGAGACACUGGGAGAGAGAGAGAGAGAGAGAGAGAGAGAGAGAGAGAGAGAGAGAGAGAGAGAGAGAGAGAGAGAGAGAGAGAGAGAGAGAGAGAGAGAGAUAGGGAGACACAGGGAGAGAGAGAGAGAGAGAUAGGGAGACAGAGAGAGAGAGAGAUAGGGAGAAGGAAAGGAGAGAGUGACUGUGGACAGAGAGAGAGAAUGAGACAGAGAGAGAUGGUGAGAGAGGGAGAGAGAGACUGCUGCACGUUUUGUCUGGUUAGGCAAUCGGCGAAGAUCGAUUGAAGAUCCCCCCGUGCCGCUAAACAUGGGUCGCUCCAAGGUGACCAGGUUUUUUUUUGUAUAAGAAGAAGAAGAAGAAGAUGAGGGGAAAAGAAACUCAAAGGAUCCAAGGAGCGCCUCACGUAGACCUCAAGAAGUUGCCGGACAUUAUUUGUCGUUGAAAAAGUAAUGAGAAUAGACAGAUUUUGUGUGGCCUAAAAAAACAAACAUCGGUGUGUGUGUGUGUGGAGAAGUAGGGAACUGUAUUUUUUUAACUGCAACAAUGCCAGCGAUUGCACAUAUCAACGAGGAAUUGCAGUGUGUUAAACAUGUAAAUUAUCCCUUGGGCCAAGAGGUGGAGAGGAAGAGGGAAAGAGUUGUGCUAAAAAACACUGAAUGUAAUAUUUGAGUUUCUUUACAGUGCUAUAAUAAAAGAGGCUUCUUAGGAAUACAAAAAAAGAAAGGAAAUUUGAAUCUUUGCUCACUUCGUUGAAUGGAGAAAUAAUUAAUGAAGCAGUGAAGCCAUUACCGAGUCUUUUAUUAUUCAUCUCCAAAACUCAUUCAUUUAAAUAAUUUGAGGAUGAUUUCUAACAUUAGAAAAAAUAUAUAGUCUGUACAGAAUAAUAAGAUUAUAUGCAAACAUUAUAAAGCGUAAGUGUGGUAGCCAUUUUGGCAAAUAUCGCAAGACAUGAAAUGUGUGGCAGUUCAACGCUAAGUUAUUCAACUGCUGAAUUUGUAGUUGACAGAGACAUGUUUUCUUCUGUUAAGCUAAAUCAUAGUUAUACAUAAAAAGAAUCCCCAGCCAAGAGAAAGAGACAACUCUAUUGUUUCGAUUUAAAGAAGGAUAUUGAUUGUACUUAAGUUGAGCCCUAACCCUAACCCUAUUUAUUUAUUGUUUACCUUGGUCUAUGCUAUGUUUGCAUUGGCUUCUCAUUAGUCCGAGCUUUGACCUUCUCAAGAAACGACCACGGAUUUAAAAAUGAUGCGCUGUUGCAUUUUAGCUCGUUAAGUUGUUUCAAAACAUAACGAUAAAAACUGUUUAUUCAUUCGUUAAUUCACUUCAUCUUGAGUGUUGACUCCACUGGAUUAAUUUAUGUUCAGGAGUUUUGCCAUAUAUUUAAAGUAUUAAAGAAUAAUCAAUUUAAUCAAUUAUUGAUUUGAAAGUAUUAUUAUAGUGGUGGAAAGAAAAACGGCCCCCGAUGUGUGAGGCAAAAGAGACUAAAUUGUUUGGAAAUGCGGACAAAUAACAAAUGCUGUCUUCAAAUGAUGGUCACUCAAUCAGGGUUUAAUGGACCGAUUCUAACAAUCGAUUUACAUGGAUAGAAAAGUACUGGAACAUUUCAAUUUUGAUCAUAAGGUGGUUAGGAUAUCGAUAACUUUGCAACAUUUUAAUUUAGAGGAUACAGGCUUUUUUGAUGCAUAUGGUUUUAUGUUGUUGUACAUGAAAAUGUGGAGGAAUAUGUGACUGUUGGAUCACAACCGACUCAUUUCUCGUCCAUCGGAUCAUCCCAGAAGCCAUGGAUAUUGUUUGAAUGAAAAUCUACAAUGCCUUUUUUUAUAUUUCUUUUCAGAUUAUAUGACUUGUUAUAGUAAAUUAUUAUAUUGUACAUUUUAAAUUGUAUAUACGAAUCUGUCUUAUGUGCUUUGAUUGUCUUUUUUCUGAAGAAUGUUAAAUAUUAAAAAUGUAUAGAUAACCACCUCCACUCUCUCCUUUGCUUCAAUUACCAAAUAUGGUUUCCCACACAAAAAUAU